AUGUCCGUCACGAAUGUCCUGAUGCGUCGGGGCACUGAGCUUGCUGUCACUCAUGUGCAGUCCGGCAAGCUUGAGCACCAGCAGCCUAAUGAAGGCUUGGUGGCUCUGUUUGCUAUCACUGCUAUCUUAAUUGGUAUUGGUUUCUGGGCUGUUGAGUAUACCUACGGGAUGGUGAUCUCCACUCUGGCCGCAGUUGAAGAUACAUACCCUGAUAUCUACGUGCGCAUUGUUCCCAAUCCCGAUACUAUCAAGCCAACCGACGAGGAAGAUCUUGAGCUGGUUGCGGCUACCCCUCCAAAGCCUAUCACCAGCAAGCUGCGCACUACUGUGAAGCACCUGCGCUCCCGUGCGGGGUUCUGGUCUCGCUUCCGUGGAAUGGGUAUGUUUGUGGCCUACACCGCAGCCCGUGGCUUCCUUUCAUCUUUCAUCCCCGUUUCUUCCACUUCAUACCUGAGCCAGUGUAUCAUCCAGUCUAUCCUGAGCGUUCUCCUGGCUACUUGGCAGAUGGCGUGGGUGCACAUUGUCAUCUCUGAGCCCUCCCCAAAGCGCUUCUACCAGCGCAUCCCCAGUUGUAAGACUUGGAUUAAGAUUGCUCCGGCUGCUGCUCUCCAGGAUGUUCUGACUGCUGCUGCUUUCUUCAUCCCCAUGGCUAUUGCCAAUUUUGCUGGCUUGCUCGAUGUUGUCAGCGAUCAGGAGGUCCCCCCUCUGGUGGCCCUCUAUCGCUUCAUGAGUGUCUGUGUGAUUCCUGCUAUUCUGGCAUUUUUGAUCUCUAUGCCUGCUCGUGUCAUCUUUGUCCGUGUGGCUGCCUCCAUGCUUCCCGAAGAAGAUGAGACUAUUGUACCAUUUGAUCGCUCUUUCGGGGGUAAAGUCAGCCCUACGAUAACCGGUGGCAGCGGCAAGAUUGGCCUGAUGGAUGCAUGGACUACCUUUGACUGGGCUGCCCGUGUUCGCUUUGCCAAGGUUGUAGGUAAGACUUUUGCUAUGGAGGUGGCGCUUGGUAUCUUCGCUACUUUGCUUCUUGGCGGACAGGUCUUUUGGAUUAUCAAAACUGCCAAGCCCGUUGACUCUGAUGCUUCUGGGAUGCAAAUUAGCUGGGAGUAA